UACAGACAGUGAUGGUGGUGAGUCCUCUGGUGAUGGCAGGAUAUCGAACAAGUGGUGAGGCAGGUGGUGUAGACGAGGUGAGUGAGGUGGUGAAGCAAGUUCUAGGGGAUCUCUACCCUGGGUGUCACCUGGUGCUUCUCACAGCUGCGUCACCAGCACCUUUGUUUUCCAGUUUAUUAAGACACCUGAGUGAGAGUGUGAUGGCUGGAAUGGUGGUAGAGGCAGGAUGGGUGUUGUCCCAGGAUAAGCUGGUCCAGGACCACCUCCUUCAGGGGCUGUGGGGCGACAUCAGAACCACCUGCCGGGGACUCAUCGUCGACCUUACCACAACUAACGACACGAAUCUAGUUCUCAAUUUGGUUGAAUCAUCAAGACUUUGGCAGAAGUCUGAGACAGGUGUUGUGGUCUUAGGGAAGAAAGCGGGAGCCAGGGACGUCCUUCUCCACCACAGUCUCCGCAACACCGUCAGCGCCCUCUACCUGGCCCUCUGCGACCUCACCCUCCAGGACUCACCUCAAUACUCUCGCCUUGGUAAAGCUCCCUGGCUUCAAGCAGCAGUUGUGGGAGGCAGCGUGAGCGUGUAUCGUCGCUGUAUGUACUGCGACAAUGGGUACACUGGUGUCCAGCUUAUGUACCGAGGAAGCAUCACCUCUCUCGUCAGUCACACUGAAGACCUUCUCCAAGAGCAGCUCAGUAAUCUGAUGGGACACAAGUUCAGAGUCGUGGCCCUGCGUCACUUUCCUUUCAUGGACUACCAGACAGUGACCAAGGAACCUGGCAGUGCCAUCAUCCCCACAGACUGUAUGGACACAAGGUUCCUCAACAUCUUCUCUGCAAAAUUGAACUUUACAUACUAUAUAUACGAGCAGAGGGAGUCUCAGUGGGGAGUUCCGACGGACGGUGUGUUUGACGGUAUGAUUGGCGAACUACAGAGGGAGGAGACGGACUUCUGCCUGAUCGCAGCGCCUACCCCUGAGAGACUCCGAGUUACCGAGUACGCCAGAGCUUACCCUUCCACAGAUCUUGUUAUCGUCUCCCUAAAACCAACACUCUUACCCGAAUUCUGGGCAUUUUUCAGGCCAUUUAAAGGAGAGCUGUGGCUGGGUUUGCUGGUGAGCGUGGUGGUGUGGGGCGUGACACUGUGGCUGCUGCAGAGGGCGUGGCACUCUGCUUCAGGAGGGCGUGGGCAGGACUUUAUUACCGCCCUCAUGUACGGCUGGGGAGCACUCCUCCAGACUCCGCCUUCCGAUCCCUCCGUCAACGUCUCUGGCCAAGUACUGGUGGGGUGGUGGCUGGUAUUCUGUCUGAUCAUUGGCACUGCCUUCACUUCCUCACUCAUCGCUCACUUGACAGUGCAGGAAAAGUCGCCAACUCUGGAGACUUUUCAAGACCUGCUUAACCAGCAGAACUGGAAAUGGGGAACAGAGAAGUGGCUCCUUUCCGGGGUACCUCUUGAGUAUUUCUCCAGACAUUUCGAUCCCGUGGUACAGCAGAUCUAUAAAAAAAUGCAGAUCCUGCCAGUGGACGAAGCCUUGAAGAAUGUGGCACAGGGAAGCUUCUCCUUCAUCACCUUCAAGGAGUACGUGAGCAUCAUUAUAGCCUCCCGCUAUGCAGACUCCCUGGGUAACACUCCCUUCUAUACCAGCAAGACCAGCGUCUCCAUGAUGGCAGCAUUUGGUUGGUGUAUAAGAAAAGGCGCUCCAUUUUAUCCACGAUUUAGUCAGUUGAUGAGGAGAUUGGAGGACAGUGGCGUUACGGCUUACUGGAGGCAAGACGUGAUCGCCAGACGAGUGAGGGAGAACAGAGAAACUGCGGCACUCCAAGCUAUGGCACCAGAGAUAUACACAGCAAACGAAGACAAGAGACAGGUGGUACUGGGACUAAACCACCUGAAGGGAGCCUUCUACCUGCUGCUGGUUGGCUGUGGAGUGGCGUUCCUCAUCCUGGUGGGGGAGAACCUCGUCCACUAG